CCCUGCAGCCGGUCUGUCUGACGGUCUGUCUGUCCGUCUGAGCUGUUUGUGUGCAUGAGAGAGUGAGUGGAGGAGCAGAGACGUGUGCUCAGGUCCUUUUAAACAAAGAGCCUGGACACUCAGCGUGUGCAUGUGUGUGCGUGUUGUGAUGUGACGUGUUUAGAUACUACCUAUCAUCAUUUGCACUUAUGAAAAAACGAGGUAUUUAUUUUUUUUAUUCAUCCAGAAGUUAACCACUGUGCUUGAGCCAAAGCAGUUAUCUCGAGACAGGCGCGGUGUCCGUGGCUUUGUUGACUUUCUGCCCUGUUUCCAUGUUAUUUAGUUUAGCUAGUUUUAGUUAAUUAUACUUCAGACAAGAUGUCCACAGAUGUCCAGAAGACCACUGCCAAGGCCAUCCCGUCGACCCGGAGGGUGACCAUCAGCGACUCGGCGCACAUGCCCCACGACUACUCCACGACUCCCGGAGGGACCCUGUUCAGCACGACCCCCGGCGGUACCAGGAUCAUCUACGACCGAAAGUUCCUGCUGGAGUGUCGCAGCUCUCCGGUGACCAAGACUCCUCCGAAAGGUCUGCCAGUCAUUCCAGGAGUGACCAGUCCAGACACCAAUGAGAAGACCCAGAAUGGAGAGACUAACAACAACAUCACUGCACCUGAAGGCAGCACUACUGGUGAUGACUCUCAGUUUGAAAUGGACAUCUAGGCGGUCCUGAUGUCAGACCUACCUGCCAAGCUGUGAAGACGGGCUCCAAUUCUUUUCUCAUCAUCCAUUCCACGAUGACAGAGGUUCACCUUCAGUAUCCCCGAUGUCUUAGUGUUAUCAAGUAUGCCUUUAUCAAUCUCAUCUGCCAGAACAAAUCUGUAACAAAACAUUUCUGUCUGCCUCAAGGCUCAAACCCGAUGUAUUUGUGACUAAGUGUGCCUUCCUGUAGUGGCAACAAGUUUUAAGAUCGACACUGAGAAGUGCUUAACGCCAACAAAGCCUCAGCCAUAAGAACUGAGAUGAAUUAAUGAAAAGAAAGAUCGAUAUGGGAAAAUAAUAAUGAGCUGAAUUUAUAACCAUUCCAGAAGGUUUUGUUUCCUGUCACUUCUCCUCAGAUAUUGCCUUGAAAUGUUCAAGAUGCUGUAUAAUUUGUCGAUCUUCACCGGAAGCGUCAUUGAAAGAAUGUAAAACCUAAUUUUGUCGAUCAAAUUUUGAAAUAGUUUUUCACACGGUUUGUAGGGUGACAAAGCAUUAAAGUAAACACCGUUAAAGCAAACA